AUGAGGAUCAAACUUUUAUGUUUAAUUGUACUAGUUUUCUUCUGUUUACCACCGUAUGAUGGGAAUUCAUUCGAAAGCGUCCAUGGUUAUCGCGAUGAACGUAUACUAACGAAGUUAUCAGAAGAAUUUGACAAAUAUAUAGAAAUCGGGAACUACUCUAGUAAUACAAAAGACGUAAAGAUGGAAACCUAUAAACCUAGCAGCAAUUCUUCUCAACUUCAUUUAAAUGUUGAUAUUACAAAGCAGAUAAAUCAGAGUGUUAAAAAAGAAUUUGGAUUUGAGAAGAAUGCAGUAUUCCGAUACAUUGUGUACAAGAAAAACUAUCGCUCGAUCAAGAAUAAUGAUGGAGUAAAUUGUCUUAAGAUAGUUAAUGAUGAUCUAAAUGAGAUAGGAAAAUCAAAAGAAUUGAUGAGAAGUUUAGACUUUUCAAGACAGCAAUUGACUACAACGUUUUAUUUGAAUAUUACAAGAAAUUGUUCUAAAUUUCGACAUGAAAGGGGUUAUAUCAAUCAUCCCCUGUCUGAAAAUGAAUAUGAUUUUCCUCUUGCAUUUUCAAUACUGACCUAUACAGACAUUGAGUUGACAGAACGUCUUUUACGUUUAAUAUACAGGCCUCAUAACUUCUACUGUGUUCAUAUAGAUUCUAAUAUGUCUCAGAAUGACCAAAGAACUUUAAGAAAUAUUGCAAAUUGCUUAUCUAAUGUGUUUAUUGCAAAUGAAUCCAUUGAUGUUAAAUGGGGAGGGUUUUCACUGUUAGAGGCAGAACUGUCGUGCAUGAAAACUCUUUGGCCUUACAAGAAUUGGAAAUACUACCUCAACCUCGCAGGACAAGAAUUUCCGCUGAAGACCAACCGUCAGAUUGUCGCUAUUCUAAAAGUACUAGACGGUGCAAAUGUAGUUGAAAGAUCUAGGACUGUCUAUGAAAAUCGAUAUAAAAUGGCUAAGUCACCCCCACCUCAUAAUAUUACGCUGGCUAAGGGAUCCAUGCAUGUCGCUGUUAACAGAUAUUUUGUUGAUUUUUGUCUUCAUGAUCAAAGGUCUCUUGACUUUUUGGAUUGGCUAAAGCAAACUAAAAUACCAGAUGAGACAUUUUUUUCUUCUUUGAACUAUAACCCUCAUCUCGGAAUUAAGGGUUCCUUCAUAGGUGAUGCGGAGACAAACAAAUUAACACAUUUUUUUCUACGUUUCGUUAUCUGGAAAUAUCCUGGUAUUAAUCGAUGCAGAGGAAAAUAUAUUAGAGGUAUAUGCAUAAUUGGAGUAGAAGACCUACACAAAGCUUAUCAUGGUAAAGAAUUAUUUGUAAAUAAAUUUAAUCUUGACUUUGAACAUAUAGCACUAGACUGCUUAGAAGAAGUGUUAUAUGAAAAGACAUGGGUAGAGUAUAUGAAAGACCUGCCUGUCAAUACAAGUUAUUACAGGACAUUAGAUUACGCAAAGUUACAACUGAAAGUGUGA